AUGUCAACUACAAUUCUUCCAGAUAUUUAUCGUCAUAUUGCAAGAAAAAGUACAGUUUCACGAAAUGUUAAAGUUUCAUCUAAAAUUUUACCAUUAUGUAAUUCAACAUCUAUUAUUGAUAAUAAUAAUUCAAAAGAAGAAAAGCCAAUUUUUGAUCGAAUUCAAUGUGAUUAUAAAUUCGAAAAAAAUUUUCAACAACAAAAACAAUCAUUUCUUAUAUUACCUGAUAAUGAAAUUGAACAAAUGAUUGUUGAUCAAUCACAUGAAGAAAUUAUUAAAGAUAUACUUGAACAAAUUCAAAAACAAAUUCCUAAUAAUAUUUCAAAACAAAGAGAAAAUUCGUAUGAAAGACAAAUUAUUUCAACAGAUGUUCAUAUUUGUAUUGAUUCGCUUCUGAAUCAUUUUGAUGCAAAUGAUAAUGAAGAAUAUAUUCAUAGAAUUAAUAAUGAAUCUAUUUCAACAGAACAUGAUGUACAAAUGGAAGAUAUAACUCGAGGUUUAAAUGAACAAAUAUCAAUGGAAAGUGAUCAGCAAUCUUCAGAAUUUUCACGAUCACAAAUUGAUGAUGAUAUUAUAGAAACUGAAGAAUCAACAUCUAAUACACAUACACAAUUAUGUACUUGUCAAUGUCAUCAAAAUACAUCGAAUUCUAUAAUAAUAAAUCCUACAAAUGAAUAUCUUUUAUUUGAACAAGCUUUACAACAAACACGUCAAGAAGAACAACAAAAAGAAACAUUAAAUAAUAAUUGUCUUUUACAAACAUUAAAACGUCAACAUCAAGAAUUAAUGGAUUUGUAUCAAAAACAAAUAAACAUAAAUAAAAUUGAUCGAGAACAACAAACCAUUCAAAUAAAUCAAAAUGAUUCACAGAUACAAACUGAUUUAACAACAAUUCAACAACAAAAUUCUCAAUCAAAUUUUUAUCUUAAUGGAAUAAAUUCCGUACCAACUUCAAAAGUUUUACCAGCAACAAAUCCACGUCCUUUUAAUAGUUUUCUUACUCCCAUUCGAACAACAGGUCCAUCAUUACAACAAUUAAUACCUUGUUUAACAACAACUAAUACAACAGCAACAAUAACAUUAACAAAUAAAACAUCAAUAAUUAAAAAAAUAACAUCAAUUCCAACAAUCAAUUCUCAUCCUCCACCACCACUACCACCACCACCACCACCACCACUCGUAACAUCUUCAUCUUUAUCAACUUCUCAUCAUAUUGUCGAUUUAACAGAAGAAGAUGAUCAUACAAAUAAAGUAUC